CAGAGUAUGAGAAAGUAUUUUUGGAGACAAAAUUUUAACUUUUGUUGUUGGCAACAAAAAUGCGAAGCAAAUUUUAAAAAUAUAAAUCGAGUAUCUCUAUUCUAAAUGACAUAAGCUUUAUAACAUCGCUAUGCGCAUGUUCAACCGGAUAUCGACAUCAGGUUUUCAUUAACAAUGAAAAUCGAAGAUAUUUAAUUCCAAACGGCAAUAUCGCUUAUAUAUAUAUAUAUAUAUAUAUAUAUUCCUUUAAUUAACACACAUAACCACCAUCACUCAUUCCGAACAACUGUGAUUUAUGAGAAUAUCAAAUGGUUUUGGCAGAAAAGAAUUUUCUAAAAAUUCAGAUUCAUCAUAAAUAUUUAUCGUUUAAAGACUAAAGGAAGAUAUUAUUCCAAAUAGAAAUGCAUGAUGGAAUUUCUGUGAAAUACUUGUUGUGAGCUGAAAUUAUUAGCGAAAUUUUCUGUUUCACUGUCUGGAUUAUAUUAAAGAGUGAUUAGCAUUCAAAUGAAAUUUCGACGAUUUUACUAAACUAGUUUCUAUCAUUAUAUAUCAACAAAGAUCGAAGCUGAAAGAAAUUUCUUGGUAGAAAAUAAAAAUAAACUAAUUAAAGAACUGGUGAAAGAAGAAUAAUUAUGGAAAAUGAAUUAUGUGAGAAAUCAAUUAUAAUUAAAACAGAGUCUGAAAGUAUAGCAUUUCCGAAUGACAUACUAGAAGGAAUGGGUAAAACACCAAACCACUGUGAUAUCUGUGGUAAAUCGUUCACGCAAAGAAAAGCUUUAACUGUACACAAACGUAUUCAUACGGGGGAGAAGCCAUAUCACUGUGAUAUCUGUGGUAAAUCAUUCAUUUCAAGUAGUUACUUAACUAAACACAAACGUAUCCAUACGGGUGAAAAGUCUUAUCACUGUGAUAUCUGUGGUAAAUCAUUCUCUGCAAAAACUCAUUUAACUAGGCACAAAAUUACUCACACAGGAGAAAAGCCAUAUUACUGUGAAGUCUGUGGGAAAUCCUUCUCUCAAAGAAUUCAUUUGACUUUUCACAAAAGCAUACAUACAGGGAUAAAACCAUAUUGUUGUGAUUUCUGUAGUAAAUCAUUCUCUCGGAAAUAUGAUUUAUCUAAACACAAACGAAUUCAUACUGGAGAAAAACCAUUUCAUUGUGAUAUCUGUGGUAAAUCCUUCUCUGCAAGUAGUGACUUGAAUAAACACAAGCGUGUACAUACAGGUGAAAAGCCAUAUCACUGUAACAUCUGUGGUAAAUCAUUUUCUGGAAGUAGUGACUUAACUACCCACAUACGCAUUCAUACAGGUGAGAAGCCAUACCGAUGUGACAUCUGUGGUAAAUCAUUCACUCAUAAAAAUUCCUUAACAAUACACAAACAUAUACAUACAGGUGAUAAUUCAUAUCAGUGUGAUAUCUGUGGCAAAUCAUUCUCUAGAACAGGAACUUUAACUAUUCACAAACGUAUUCACACAGGUGAGAAGCCAUAUCACUGUACAAUUUGUCGUAAAUCAUUCACUUAUAGACAUGUCUUAAUCAAACAUAAACAUAUUCAUACAGGAGAGAAGCCAUAUGCAUGUGAUAUUUGUGCAAAAUCAUUCAGUGAUAGAAAUGUCUUAGCUAUACACAAAUGCAGUCAUACAGGUGAGAAGCCACAUCGCUGUGAUGUCUGUGGGAAAUCAUUUCUCCAUAGUCGUAACUUAACUACCCAUAUACGUACUCAUACAGGAGAGAAGCCAUAUUGCUGUGAUAUCUGUAAUAAAUCAUUUUCUUGUAGAAGCACCUUAACCAUACACAAACGCAUUCAUACCAGUGCGAAGACAUAUCCAUGCGAAAUCUGUGGUAAAUCAUUCUCUCGAAGCAGUUACUUAACUAAACAUAAGCAUAUUCAUUCAGGAGAAAAGCUAAUUUCACCUGAUGUUUGUGACAAAUCUUUCUCUCAUACAAAUGCUUUAACUAUACAAAAACAGAUUCUUACAGGAGAUAAGCCAUAUCAUUGUGAUAUCUGUAGUAAAUCAUUUUCUCGAAAUAGUCACUUGACCACUCACAAAUAUAUUCAUACAGGAGAAAAACCAUAUCACUGUGAUAUUUGUGGUAAAUCUUUCUCUCAUUCAAGUACUGUAACUGUACACAAACGAAUUCAUACAGGAGAAAAGCCAUAUCACUGUGAAAUCUGUGGUAAAUCAUUUUGUAAAAGUAGUGACUUAACUACUCAUAGAUAUAUUCAUACAGGAGAGAAGCCAUAUCACUGUGAUAUCUGUGGUAAAUCAUUCUCUCGAAGUGGUCACUUGAAUAUACACAAAUAUAUUCAUACAGGAGGACAGCCAUAUCACUGUGACAUCUGUGGUAAAUCAAUGUCUUCGAUUAGUAAAUUAACAGUACACAAACGCUUUCAUACUGGGGAGAAGCCAUUUCAGUGUGAUGUCUGUGGUAAAUCAUUCUCUAUUAGUAGUCACUUAACUGCUCACAAAUAUAUUCAUACAGGAGUAAAGCCAUAUCCCUGUAACAUCUGUGGUAAAUCAUUUGCUGUUAGAAGUAAGUUAAUUACUCACAAGCGUAUUCAUACAGGAGAAAAGCCAUACCACUGUGAUAUCUGUGGCAAAACAUUGUCUGAUCCAGGUAACUUAACUAGUCACAAACGUAUUCAUACAGGUGAGAAACCAUAUCUUUGUGACAUUUGUGGUAGACCAUUCUCUCACAGUGGUGAUUUAACUGCUCACAAACGCAUUCACACAGGUGAGAAGCCAUAUGACUGUGAUAUCUGUGGUAAAUCAUUUUCACGUAGAGAUGCAUUAACAGUGCACAUUCAUACUCAUACAGGUGAGAAGCCGUAUCACUGUGAUAUCUGUGGUAAAUCAUUCUCUCAGCGUCGUGAGUUAACUACUCACAUUCGGACUCAUACAGGAGAGAAGCCAUAUCACUGUGAGAUAUGUGGUAAAUCAUUCUCUCAAAGUAGUGAUUUAACUAGACACAAAUACAUUCAUACAGGAAAGAAGCCAUAUAGUUGUAAUAUCUGUGGUAAAACAUUCACAGUAUCAAAUAAGUUAACUAUACACAAACGCAGUCAUACAGCAUAGAAUCCAUAUUGCUCAUAUUUAUUGGACCUAACAUAUUUCCUGAGGGAAAACAGGAUAUAAUGAAUUUAUUGAACAUUAUGGGUAAAUAACUGAGAAAUUUAUUCUCAUAAUUUAGGGACAACAUCACUGUACAAUUACUACGUUAGAAAUACAAAUUGCAAAUGAUAAAAGAAAUUAUUUCAUCAUACCACAUAGGGCUAUAAGUAUGAUGUCUUAUACACUUUCUCUUUUAUACAUUCAUUCAUGUAUAUACUCCAGCAAAUUAAUGAAAAUAAUGAGUCUUCAACAAACAGGUUCUUUCAAAGAUAAUGUUUGACAUGUGUAGAA